CGGUCCGGCUCCCCUAUCCCACUCCCCACCCCGCGGGGGGUCACCAGGGCACCCCUCAGCCACUUCUAGCUCCAUCCCUGCCACCGCCUUCCUGCUCGUGCCUAAUGGCCCCUUUCUGGCAAAACCCAUCCCAAUUUCACGGGGACCCUCCUGUUCCUGCGGGUUUCGGAUGCUUCGGGCUCUUCCCCUCCGCUUGCUGCCCUUCCUGUCAGUCUCCGUCUUUGGGGCUGGGAGCGGGGCCGGCGGGGUUUCGGGGUGGCACAGGUGGGUUUUGCAUCACCCUGGCUGUCACUGCUGCGCUGUGCGUUUGGGGAGGGUGAACACCUGCGCGCCCCAGGCUCAAGCUGCGAAGCCAACCGUGUUUCUCAGCUUGUUCCCAAGUGGUGCCCCCGGGGAGCUGCAACUUGGGGUGCUGGGGCCUUUGCUGUGACACAGGAUUUCCGCUCCAGGCCAUUGAUGCCCUUGGAUCCAUGGGCCCCGCUGCAAGAGGCCGUUUUGCUCCGCUUUUCCCUCUGGAAACACGCACGCUUUGGGACGGAAGGGGCUGGCUUCCAGCCGGGGCGGGGGGGGGGGAUCCGCCUUUGGGACUUUCCAGCCGGUCCCUUUUCCCAGCAGCUUUGCUAACCCAAAGAGCCCGAGUUUGGGGCGUAGCUCCCUCCUCUCCGACGCUGUCCUCAGGAUUCAGCGGUCGGCACUUAUCCCGGGAUGCGUUUCUCUGGCUGGCGUUGGGCCGAUGUCUCCUGCAAACGGGGUGCUUUGUACCUGGAACGCCGGCUGCCCCGGGGCUGCCCCCGGCCCGGCUGCCUCCCUCUGCCCACGCAGGCUCCUGCAUUGUGGAAACCUUGCUUUGGCAGGAGCAGGGUGACACACGGAUGCAAAUGGGGGGGGGGGGCAGAGCCCAAGGAGAAAAGCUGGAGGUUUCUCAGGAGCAUUUCCAGGAGCUAAGUGUGAGUCUUCCUGUGGUGCAGCUGGACUUGGCACAGAGAAGAGACUAACGGUGAUUACACGAGCGCUUGUGAUACUGCGGACCUAAUUGCCCGGUUCUUUUUCCUAUCGUUUUUACCAAAUAUCUAAUUAAGUUGCUGAAAGCGCAUCUCUGCGGCCUGGCAGCGCCGCCGGGCUGGCACAGUUACCUGCCCCAGCCCCGAUCUGACGUCGGGCAAGCAGGGGCUGCUCUUACAAAAUUCGAGCCCUGUGUAAAUACCAGCAGGUAUUAGGAACUGAGUCAUGGCGUUAAUAGGGUUAUUAUAUGCGUGACUGGACAGAUUUCUUGCUGAGGACGGGAUUUGGUCCCUCCACCCUGCCUCGCUCGGCUCAUCAGGAGGGUUGGGCAUCCCGUGCCGCGGGAUGGACGCGGCGUUUGGGCGCUCGGCUUUUGGGAAAGAGGGUCUGGGGCAUCACCUGGCUGAUGAGCGCUUGGACGCGCUGCUGGUGGGACGGUGGGCUUCAGCCGGGGCUACGGGCAGGGGCAGCACCCCGCUGUGGGUGGGCAGCAUCUGCGGGGGAGCGUUGGGGGCAUCUCACGUCUCCCUGCCAGUGCCCGUGUGCUCCCUAAACCUUUUCCCACGCACUCCCACAUCUCCCCCCCGCAUUUAAUCAACUCCCUCCACGCCUGCGUGGAUAUGGGGCUGAGAAAGCUUCGCCGCGUGUCUGUGUCGGUGUGUGUGACGGCCUGGAGGGUUGUCCUGGCCCCAGAGCUCUGCGGUGUCCCUGCUCCCUGGGGACCAUGGCCUGUGCCCGUCUGCGUUGCGGGAGCUGCUCCCCAGCAGCUCUGGGGACCCGUUGGGGACCUUCAGGCGCUGUGUGAGCAAGGCGAAGGGUGCAAGAGGGAGAGAAGCAAGGGGGUGACCCCAGGGUGGCAUGGGGACAGCCCGGGGUCCCCGGUGGCAUCCCCAGCGCUGGCACCCCGGGUGGCAGUGGUCCCCAGCCUUGCUGCCCAGUGGCACCUCCGCGCCGGCUUGCAGGAAUCUUGUCCAGCUGGUUUUGCUCUGGGCAAGGCCAAAUCCUGCACAUGGCCAGCAGUUAGCACUCGGGGCUAAUUGCUGCACGGCAGUAGCUCGUCCAGUGAUUAGUGCUGGGGGAGCCGCUCGCCCGGGCUCGGUUCCCGUGAUGAGCUGGCUGCCGGCACAUGGUCCAGAACCCAGUUCAUCCCUGGGGCGGGGGCGAAGGCUUCGCCUGGCAUGUCCCGGCGCUUCGGAGGAGCUGGGAAAGGCGCGGGGCAAAGCGAGGAGGCGGCCGGGAGCGUUUCCCAGCGCCUGCAACUCCCCGUGUAGCUUCCUCGGCCGCCCCUUUGCUUGUUGCACACCGGCAGGCAGCCGCCUGCGUCAGCCCGGUGGUGGGGGAAGUAAAACCUUCGCCAGAGCGUGACAUUUUGCAGGUUGGUUACUUCCUGCUGAGCUGAAACAAGUUAAUAACAAAUCCUUCGGGGCCCUCCUCCUCCUCCCCAGAGACAUGGUGCUUUUGGCAAGACCCAGGGUCGAUUUUUCUGGGUAGCUGACGAAAGCAGCUUUCCUUGCCCUGCCUGUGCUGGCUUCCUGGUCUCGGGGUUGGCAAUGUCACCGCGGCAAACUGUCCCUUGCGUCAGUGCUGCUGUUGUCCGGAGGCGGUGGGGAAAUACCCUCCCACUGUGACACAGCUUCUGCCUCCACCAACUUCGUGCCACGCAGGGACGGAGCCAUCCCCGGCGCUGCAGCACGUGGAGGUGGUCGUGUGUGGGGUCCUGCCACACAGUCGCAUCCGCUUUCUCUGAGGGGUUUCCUCGCCAGGUCCGUGCCUCUUGUCAUUGCAUCCCACUGCCAGAGCGUGUUCUUUCCUCUUCCUCCUUGUUUGCCUACUCAGAAGAUGAUGUGAAUGGGCUGUAAGAACCAGACAAGAUGGACGGAGAGCUGCCCUGCGCUGAGGUGGAUGGAGAAGUGUCCUCUGCCACCGAGGAUCUGGGAGGAGAGAUGCCCUGUGCGGAGAGCGAUACUGAAGGAGACGUGCCCUGUACUGAGAGCGAUGCAGAAGGAGAGAUGCCCUGCGCUGAGACCCACACAAAAGAAGCAGCACUUUGUGCUGAGAGCAGUGUGGAAGGAGAGAUGCCCGGCACUGACAGCGAUGGGGAAGGGGAAAUGCCGUGUGCCGAGGGUGAUGCAAAAGGAGAGGCGUCAUGCUAUGAGAGUGAUGGGGAAGAAGUACCGGAUACUGAAAUCCCUGCUGCUUCAAAGAAAAUGUCUUCUAUUUCUUCUCCCUUGCGGGCAAUCAUCCGCCUGCGACGACAAUACCGGGUGCAAAAGAAAAGCCGUCUGCAUUUAGAGAUCCCUCGAGAAAAGUCUUCAGAGCUUGUCCAUACGAGGCUGCUUCAAAGGCAGCUUUCCCUGAACCGAACUAGCCUGUAUGGCCCUUCCAUGUCCUUCUUUAAUCAGACCAGCUCUGAAACUUCCCAGUACUUCACCUUUGACACGUCUGUGGAGCAGUAUGCGAUGAAAAAAUGCAGGCGGAAAAAGAAUCGAAGGAAAUCUAGGAUAGUCCUGUAUCCAGAUAAAACAAAACGAUACCUUCCAACAGAGGAGAAGAGCAAGGCAAAACGCUGCCUCCUCUUGCUCAUUGCCAUUAUCUUCUUCCAGAUUCUCAAUGCGAUAGAGAACCUGGAUGAUAACCUCCAAAAAUAUGACCUAGAUGGUUUAGAGAAAACAAUGCACCGGGAAGUAUUUGGGCAGAAGGUUGCUGUGGAAAGUAUUAUGGAAUUACUGAAAGACUAUCUGGCUACCCACAUACACAAUAAGCCUCUUGUAAUCUCUUUAAAUGGCCCAACAGGAGUUGGGAAGAGUCAUGUUGGCUGGUUGCUGGCCAAACAUUUUCGUUCGGUCAUGGACAAUGACUUUGUGCUUCAGUACUUUGUUAUGCAUCACUGCCCCAGCGGGGCGGCUCCUCUUACUUGUGAAAUAGAUUUGUCUAAGAAGAUUUCUGACAUGGUUACAAGAGCCGAAGUAGAGGAGAAGAUACCAUUGUUUAUUCUGGAUGAGGUUGAACUCAUGUCUCCAGUCUUGCUGGACGCUCUCAGCCGAUUCUUUGAACCCAAUCAAACUAACGAGUUCCUCAAUGCCAUCUACAUUUUAAUAAGCAACAUAGGAGGUGCUGAAAUAACAAAGUUUGUUAUCCAGAAUGCGUCUGCCGAGCUUCUGCAUCAGCAAAGGGGAGUUGAAGAACUGCUGAGCAUCGUCCAGCCUGUACUGAUUGAUGCCCACCCUCUCUGGAAAUCUGCAGACAUCAUCCCAUUUGUUCUUCUGGAGAAGACCCACAUCAUAAACUGCUUCCUAGAGGAGAUGAGGAGGGAAGGGCUGUAUCCUGACCAGAAGCAUAUUGAAAAUUUAGCGAGUCAGCUGAGUUACUACACUACAGGGGACAAGCAGUACUCCAGGAUGGGCUGCAAGCAAGUUGUGGCCAAAGUCAACCUGCUGUAGUGAUUUACUGCAGAGACCGAGUACUACUUUCAGGAUUUGCAAAAUUCUGGGCUUAUGGAGGAGUACGUUACAGCAGGCUGUGGCCAAGGUGUCCUUUCCCAGCCCUGCACUGACUCUGUCCUGGUCGAGGUAGAGGGACGGCAGCCUGGGCUCCUCUGCAACGUGGUCUCUGUUCUCCUCCAGAUGCUUCACUUGUUCCUAAUGUUCUGUGAAUAAGGCACAGGCAACGAAGCCCAAGCAACCUGCCAUUAAUUGUGAGCUGCUUUGUUCCUCAUGUUCUCAUUUGGGAUACUUGUCAUUAAGGAGUUGUGAGAUGAGAACAGAGGCUGUGGGAUGUAAAUAGGAGGAGGAAAUAAUAACCGGGUUACUGUCCCUGCGGUACACGUAGCCGUGUAUCACUCCUUCUCCAGGCUCACCGUCUUCAGCUCUUCACUCUUCUUGCUCCUGGCUGGUGGUGUGCAGAGCAGAGGCAGUGCUGGACGCCUGGGAGAACUGAGAGAAGUUGUUGCUCCUCUUCCCCCAAAUGCGUGGGCAGUCAGAACUCUGCUUUCUCCAGCUCCUACGUGACCGUGUGCUCCAGAGACUGCUUUUUGGACCUGUUCCUGAGCUGUUGCUCCUCUGAGCUCAUACCUGAGCUCACCUUUGGCACCUCCAGCGAGAUUUCUGCCCUGCAAGUCUGUUUGGACUCGCCUUGAAGACUGCCCGGCUGUGCCAGUCGGUGCAGAAAUAACCACCGGAUUGUUUCAGGUCUGGUGGUGACAACUCGUCCUGAGAGCUCUUCCGCUUUUUGUUUCUGGGUGCACUUCACCAUGCUCAUUAUCUAGAAAGCCCGAAAUAGCAACUGACAUAUAUUAAGCAACACACACUGGAAAAGGCAGUUUGGGCUGUCUGGGCCGAGAGCAGUAGGAAUCCUGGGCUUGUCCCAGUCCUGUGAGGCCAAGAAGAGGUUCUUUGCCACUGAGCUGCCUGGAAGCUCCUCGGUCCUUGUUUUGAGCAUGCAAAGUGAGCAGGUAUUUAUGACAUUACUCUUUCAGGUUUUGGGCCUAAAUCCCCUUUUACAAUUUGCUGUGAAUUAUCAUAUAUGCAAUCCUGUGGAUCUUUGCACUGGUUGUUUGAUUUGCCUCUGUCUAAUUGUUGGUCUCCAAAGACUUCCAUCACAAACUCCUGCUUCCAGAGCUAUUGUCAGGAAUAAAUCCAAACUGUCCUGAAUAAAAUCAUUAAAAGUACUUUUCCUUUA